UUUUCUCAUCCGUACACCGCACACCGAAAACACCACAAAAGAGGGUGCACUUGUGAUUUCAUUCCCUCCCGGUUGGUUGGAGUCGAAAAUUUUCCGUUUUCUUUCUCGGAUUAUCCACCCGCAAAGUGCGUGCCAGACCCACUUCCGACCUGCCCAGUUAGCUGUGAUUCGAAACCGUUGUAGAACCUUCCGAAACGAUGGCCGCCACCACGCAACAGAUGACAACCAGCAGCAGUACCAGCGGAGGAAAACCAAAGGACAAAAAAUCACAGGAGGAAAUCUAUGCCGAGUUUCAGCAGCUGCGAAAUCAACAGAGGAAUUUGAUCAACAAUCUCAACACGCUGGAAAUGGACCUCAAGGAACACAAAACUGUGAUCGACACGCUAAAAACCGUGGAACCCGGCCGAAAGUGCUUCCGGCUGAUCGGAGGUGUCCUCUGCGAUCAAACCGUGGAAAUCGUCCUGCCUCAGCUGGUGCAAAACAAGGAACAGCUGGAGAAGCUGAUCGAAAACGGUAAGGAACAGAUCACGAAAAAGGGUCUGGAGAUCAACCAGUUCAAGGACGAGCACAAUAUCAAAAUUCGAGGCCAGGAUACGGCGCAGGCGGCCAACAGCGAAAAGGAAACGGCCGACGACAAAGCGGGCGCCUCCGGAACUCGGAACGUGCUGGUGGGAAAUCUGUAAGACCAAAUCUAGCUCUACCUACUGUCGUUUGUAUCUUCUUGAGAUCGUCUUUAACGCUCGACACUUGAAAAUGAGAUCCCAAAUGAGUGCCCUUUCUGAGUCCUGGAAAUGGGGGGCGUAGAUUUCCACCGGUUGUACAAUUUCGGUAUUUUUCUAGAAAUUGCAAGUAAUUCGUUUCCCUCACCAGUCUAGCGUUUUGGAAUGGUUCAAUAGGCGCCAAUAGGGAAACAAGUCGAAGAUUAGAGCGCAGAACCCCAAGAACUAUUCAUUAUUGAAACAUUAUUUAUCAGCGUAAUCCGUAAUCGCGUAGAAGCUAGAUCAUAUCUCCAGACCGAUUCUUAACUCCGGUAAGCACUAACGCAGAUUUUAGUUUUACUCUAAUCGCUAUCAUUUCUCUGUUCACCAACUUGUUGCUUGAAUAAAUUACUUAUUAAGGAUA